CCACGCACUUUACUUUGUCAUGCAUGGAUGUUCAAAGCCGAGCAAGUCAUCAUCCUGACCUAAUACCAAGCCGACUGGUGUUCGGGCCACUCAGGUCGAAGACGGCACCUCUUCUUGUUUGCUUGCUUGCUCAUUUUCUGUAUCUCCAAUAAUCUAUAUAUACUAGCCCGAGUCCAUUGAAACUAUUUUCAAUUCUUCACAUGUUCCACGUUCGCAUCAAGUGAAAUUCACGCAGCGCCCAUUCUACAAGAUGUCGGCAAAGCACUUCAUCAACGACCCCACCCUCUUAGUGAACUUGGCCCUCCAGAGCCUUACCUUUACUAACCCUUCCGUGGCCUUGGACGCUGAGAAUAAAAUUGUCUAUAGAAGACCUAGCGAUGAAACCUCUCAGGUUUCUAUUAUUAGCGGUGGUGGAAGUGGCCACGAGCCUAGUUUCGGUGCCUUUGUUGGAAAGGGCCUCCUCUCCGCAGCUGUUGCGGGGACUAUCUUCGCAUCGCCUAGCGCAGAGCAGAUUCGCAAGGCUAUAACUUCAAGAGUCGACACGGAUAAAGGCAUCCUAGUCACUGUCAUGAACUACACAGGCGAUGUCCUUAACUUCGGUAUGGGGGUUGAGAAGGCCAAAGCCGCCGGUCUCAACGUCGAGAUGCUUGUAGUCGGUGACGACGUCGGCGUCGGAAGGGAAAAGGGGGGCAAGGUGGGUCGUAGAGGAAUUGCAGGAACGGUACUAGUACACAAGAUCGCCGGCGCUCUCGCAGCUCAGGGGCGCAGUCUCGAAGAAGUCUACAAAGUUGCGAAACUCACUGCCGCCAAUCUGGUGAGCGUUGGUGCUAGUCUCGAGCAUGUUCACGUACCUGGGAGAGCAGCACCGGAUCCGAACUCCGCUGAAAGCCUUCAAGCUGAUGAAGUGGAGAUCGGCAUGGGUAUCCACAACGAGGCCGGCUCGGGGCGAGCGAAAGUUGAGCUUCCGGAGUUGGUGAGCACGAUGCUAUCGCAAUUAUUGGACCAAAACGACAAGGAUAGAGCUUUCCUCAACGUGAACUCCAAUGAAGUGGUCCUACUUGUGAACAAUCUCGGUGGCGUUAGUGUCCUCGAACUGGGCGGUAUCACUGCAGAAGUUGUGAAACAGCUAGGUUCUUGGGGUAUCCAGCCAGUCAGGAUCUUGAGUGGGACAUACAUGACGAGUUUGAAUGGAUUGGGAUUUAGCAUUUCACUACUAAAUGUGGUUAACACGGAUAUCGGCGGACCGAGCAUGAUCGAGCUCUUGGACUAUCCGUGCGAAGCGACCGGUUGGGCAGCACCGAUACAGAAGACUACUUGGGAAGCGAAGAACACCGCUGCCAGGGAAGGCGCCACGGGAUCUGACCAGAGCAUUAAGCCAAGUGGCCUCAAGGCUGAUGCAAGUGCAAUUAGCAAAUCUCUAACUGCUGGUCUACAAGCGCUUGUUGCGGUUGAGCCAGAAGUAACGAGGUAUGAUACUGUGGUUGGAGAUGGCGAUUGUGGAAUCGGCCUAAAGCGUGGUGCCGAGGCGGUUCUCAAACACUUAAAGGAGACUACCCUAACGGGUGAUGUCGUCAUCGAUGUCGCUCGUAUUGUCUCGGUUGUCGAAAUGGAAAUGGACGGCACUUCGGGUGCACUCUUUGCUAUUUUUCUUAAUGCUCUCGUACACUCGCUCCGAGUACUCUCGCCAGGCGAUGCUUCUCCACAGGUAUGGGCUGGUGCCCUUAAGCAGAGCUGCGACGCACUAUCAAGAUAUACACCUGCUAGACCAGGUGACCGAACUUUGGUAGAUGCCUUAUAUCCAUUCGUCGAUGCUCUGGGAAAGACUGGCGAUCUUAAGAAGGCAGCUGAGGCCUCGAAGAAGGGUGCAGAGGACACUAAGGGCAUGGUUCCUAGCUUAGGCCGAGCAGUUUAUGUUGGAGGCACUGGAUUUGAACAAGUACCCGACCCUGGUGCUUGGGGACUGGCAAGUUUCUUCUUAGGCUUGGCUGGGAUAAAAUCUGAUGAAGAGGGUUGGGAAGCUAUAUAAUCAGUAUUCACUCGCAAUCGUUUGUAAUGAUAAUCGGGGGCAACUAGGGAUCGAGAAAAUAUAAUCAGAUUUAAUAGUAUCUUUUUUUGGUUCA